GCAGUGAAUUUUCACUCAUUUUCUAUUUAUUAAGUUACAAAAAUUAACAUAAGUGGCCGAUUUGUACUUCUAUACUUACCUCUUUACAUAAAUAUACGCCAGACGUAGUAUUGGAAAUGGAUGUAAUCAGCGAAAUCAAUGAAAAAUAUUCCGCAUUGGAGGCAGAAAUCGACAGGAGGUUGGACAAAAUCAAAAUGGAAGAAAAGAAAUUGGAAAAGUUGCAAGAACAAAGAGCGAGCAAAACAUCAGCACAAACUACUAAAGUUCUCUCGUAUGAGGAGUCACUUGCGAGAAAUACAAAUUUGCUUAAGUCAUUGGAGAUAGCCAAAGCGCGGUUACGUUCACGUUCGACUUUCUCGCCAGUUGAGCAAAUACUGGAAAAGGCAAUAGCAAACUAUAAGAGCGACCUGGAAACGUCACAGCAAUUAUCGUCACGUUUCAAGCAAGUGCAAAUUUAUGAAGCGUCACCUAUGCUAGGCACUGCCAGAGAAGAUGGAGUACAACUGAAGUGAGUGCAAGUGAUGCACACACACGCACAUAUCCACACGCAUUUUUAAGUACUUAUUUAAGUAAUGUAUCAACUUGUACGCAAAUGAGAUCAUAUUUAAUAAAACUGCUGAA